CCGAAAACAACACCCGCGAGUCGGUCGUUUCCUUCCACACACCACUUUUGCUUCUCGACCGUAAAGACCGUGCUUCUUUCUGCUGCUGCCGAGCACAAAGAGAGCCAAGUUUCAGAGCUCAGCUAAGUCGGUGUUAGUUAGCUUUUAGUUUUUCAUUCUGUUCACACAUUGUUUUUAAUGUCCUCUUCGAAGAAGUAAGGAAAAUUAGUAGGUCCUGCUGUUUGUUAACUAUCUCCUACAAAAUUUCAAAUAUAUUUGAUAAGUGCUCUAAAGUUAAGUGAAAUCCAAAUCAGCCGUGUUUUGCUUGUCCAUUUUGCCGUCAUUUUUUAUUGCUUCGAACGAGUGCUCCCCCCGAAGAAGAAAAGUGAAGUAUUUAAAUCCUCAUUCGCCAGGUCCCAGCAAGUGAAAUUGUGCGUAAAUUUUUGUCGGUGUGAUCGAUAACCGUGCGGAAGAAAUCGGAAAUAGCUCCAAGUGUACUGCGCUGUCAAGGUCUCUCCCGUUUGAAAAUGGCCAACCUGAAGCAGAUUCCACUGACCUGUUCCGGCCAUACCCGACCGGUGGUGCAUUUGGAUUUCAGCGAUUUGACCGACUGCGGAUACUUUCUGAUAUCGGCUUGCAAAGAUGGUAAACCAAUGCUGCGUCUUGGAGACACUGGAGAUUGGGUAGGUACAUUUGAGGGUCACAAAGGUGCCGUGUGGGGUGUUGCCCUUAACAACAAAGCCACACUGGCCGCAUCUGGUGCUGCGGAUUUUACCGGAAAAAUCUGGAACGCAGUGACAGGCGAAGAAGUGCACAGCUUACAGCAUAAUCACAUCGUAAAAACAGUUGCAUUCGAUAGCAAUAGUCAAUGUCUGGUAACUGGAAGCAAUGAAAAACUAGUCAGAGUAUUUGAUCUAAGCUCAUCAGGUACGGCCGUGGAAUCAUACUCUGGUCAUGCUGGUAACAUCAAGCGGGCCAUUUUCGCUCGGAACGACAAGUAUGUUAUCAGCUGCGCUGAUGACAAAACCAUGCGCCUGUGGGAUCGUACAAGUGGACAGGAAACUAUGCGCGUUGAAUUCAACGCGCAUCCCAACAGUUUGGAGCUAUCACGAGAUGGAAACAUAUUGACUGUUACCUAUGGCUCAAACGUUGCCUUCUUCGAAACGGAAACGCUGAAGAAAAUGAAGGAGAUCGUUGUGCCAACCAAAGUCAGCUCAGCCAGCCUGCAUCCGGAUAAACAAAUUUUUGUUUGUGGCGGAGAAGAUUUCAAAAUGUACAAAUUCGAUUAUAUAACUGGAAACGAAAUAGAAUCCUUCAAAGGACAUUUCGGACCCGUUCAUGCCGUGAGCUUCAGCCCUGAUGGAGAGCUGUACGCUAGUGGAUCGGAAGAUGGUACACUUCGAUUGUGGCAGACCACAGUCGGUAAAACCUACGGCCUAUGGAAGUGCACUGAGCCGACCGAUCUCAACAAUACAGUCAACGCCACCACUACUACUCGUGAAGUGACUGCCAACUAAGCUCUACACCUGCAUUGAACAUCAUUUGGAAAAUGAAAAUAACAAAAUGAAAAUCAAUAGCCGGUAAGUGACUCUUAUUACUAUUUUGAUGCCUGAUGUUUAUUAAACACAGGGAUUUAUCCCGCCAACUUUACAGUGUAAUUAUUCCAUCGAAAUUUAAAUAUCUUUUAUUUUUUUUCUAGACAGCAAUCAGUGUAUUCAUUGCUUGAAAUUUUGAUAGAUUUAAAACACGUACAUUAUAGUAAUUUAUUAUUUCCAACGAUUAAAUUACGUUGUCCUCCCAA